GCGGGGCCGCGGGGGCCGCGGAGCUGCCCUGCCAAGCAGAGCCGAGGAGGCGGCCCGGAGGCGGCCCGGACAAGCGGGGCCGGAGGGCCUGGCUCCAGCGCCCUUCGGAGUGCGGCGAUCAGCGGCGAGGGCCGAGGCCAGCGGCUCCGGGGCCAGCCGCCAUGUCCUCCAGCGUGAACAACGGGGCGGCCAGCAUGCCGUCGCCGCCCGACGCUGCCAACGGCUUCCCGCAGCCCGGCGCCUCCUCCGGGACCUGGCCGCGGGCCGAGGAGGAGCUGCGCGCCGCGGAGCCGGGCCUGGUGAAGCGUGCGCACCGCGAGAUCCUGGACCACGAGCGCAAGCGGCGCGUAGAGCUCAAGUGCAUGGAGCUGCAGGAGAUGAUGGAGGAGCAGGGGUACUCAGAGGAGGAGACCCGGCAGAAGGUCAGGACUUUCCGGCAGAUGCUGAUGGAGAAGGAAGGAAUGCUCACCAGGGAGGACCGGCCUGGGGGCCACAUCGUGGUGGAGACCCCGCGGCUGACCGAGGGCGCCGAGCCGGGCCUGGAGUACGCCCCCUUGGACGAGGACGACGGCCCGGUGGACUGCGACUGCCCGGCCGCCUGCUACCGCGGGCACCGGGGGUACAGGACCAAGCACUGGUCCAGCAGCUCGGUGUCGCCGCCUCCAAAGAAGAAGAAGAAAAAGAAAGGCGGCCACCGGAGAAGCCGCAAAAAGAGGAGACUAGACUCAGAGUGCAGCUGUGGGAGCGCCUCACCUCUGCGCAAGAAGAAGAAAAGCGUGAGGAAGCACCGCAGAGACAGGUCUGAUUCUGGGUCCCGGAGGAAGAGACGGCACAGAUCUCGAAGCCCUAAGAGCAAAAGAAAAGAGAAGAACAAAGAGAGGAAGAGGCCACACGCGGAGUCGCCAGGCCGCAGGUCCCAUCGCCACAGCAGCGGCAGCUCCCACAGCCCCUCACUCUCCUCCCACUACAGUGAUUCCAGAUCACCCAGCAGGCUGAGCCCCAAGCACCGAGACGACGGGCGGAAGACGGGCAGCCAGCGGUCCAGUGGGAGCCGGUCGCCUUCCCCGUCGGGCGGCAGCGGAUGGGGGUCGCCCCAGCAGAACGGCGGCGGCAGGCAGCGGAGCGGAGCGCACGGCGGCCGCCCCGGCUCGGCGCACAGCCCGCCCCAUAAGCCCAGCUCGCCCUCGCCCAGGGCCCGCGACCAGGCGGAGGCGGGCGCAGCCACGCCGCCCGCGCGGGGCAAGGAGAGUCCGAGCCCGCGCUCGGCGCCGUCGUCGCAGGGCAGAGGAGGCCGCGCGGCGGGCGGGCCGGCCAGGCGGCGGCGGCGGCGGCGGCGGAGGCGGCGGCGGCGCUCGCGGUCCUCUGCGUCCGCGCCCCGCCGCAGGGGCCGCCGGCGCGCCCGGCCCGCACCGCCCAGGGGUUCGUCGCGCUCGCUCAGCAGGGCCCGCUCCAGCAGCGACUCGGGCGGCGGCGGCGGCGCCCCCGGGCCCGGGCCCGAGCCCGGCUCCGAGCGAGGCCACGGCGGGCACGCGAAACGGCCCAAGGAGAGGCCCCCGCGCGCCCGGCCGGCCAGCAACUCCCCGUCCCCGGGCGCGCACGGCCGGCACGGCGGCCCUGAGGAGAAGAGCUCGUCGCGCAGCCCGGGCCCGCACCCCCGCUCGUGGAGCUCCAGCCGCUCGCCCUCCAAGUCCCGCUCGCGCUCCGCGGAGAAGAGGGCCCGCAGCCCCAGCCGCUCGCCGUCGCCCAAGAAACCGCUGGGCCGGGACAAGGACGGCGAGGGCCGCGCGAGGCACGCCGAGGCCGAGGCCGCCCGCGCCCGGCGCCGCUCCCGCAGCUACUCGCCCAUCCGCAAGCGGCGCCGGGACUCGCCCAGCUUCAUGGAGCCGCGGCGCAUCACCAGGUCCAGCCUGCCGAGUAGCCUGUGGCCAGCCUGGGGGCCAGGCGGACCCCUCUCCACAGGCUGCAGGGGAGAUGCCCAUUGCCCGGAAGCGUCCCAUCCCCUACUACCGGCCCAGCCCCUCAUCCUCCUCCAGCUGCCUGAGCAGCGACUACUCAAGCCGCAGCCCCAGCCGCAGCCCCAGCCCCGGCCACAGCCACAGCCACGGAAGCUACAGCAGCCGCAGUCGUGGGACCCGCAGCCGCACUCGCAGCCCCUCCCGGACCCCCAGUCCCAGCUACCACAGCCGGAGCAGCUCAGAGAGCGGGGGCUUCUGAGCCCAGACACACACAGCUUGGUGCCCCCUGGCACAUGGAGAGGCGAGGAGUCAGGUCCCAGGACCGAGAGGGGCCUGCUCCCCACUGCUACAAAGAGGUCCCGGGGCCAGGGAAGACCUUGAGGGUGGGUGCCCUGCAGACAAAGAGGAGCUGGGUUCUGCUGCUUCUAGAGGGUCCCCACCCCCACCUCCUGCCUGCCCACCGUGUCCAGGGAACAAAGAGCCGUUACGAACACAGGGAUCCCCUGUCCCCGCUGCCUGCUUGAUGCCAGCUCACCAGGCCAGAGACCUCAGCUCAGUGGACCCAGGGACGCCUCUGAAGGUGCCAGACCUGGGAGCCUCCCAUACCCACUCCACAGGGUCCUCGGCUCCUCUCUGUCAUUGGGCAGACAAGGAGGUGGGACAGCAAGCGGGAUCUAAGUUAGACGGAAAGAAGAAUGGCCUAACCCUUGGUGCACCACCAUCCAGGCUGGGGAGCUGCUUCCUUCUGAGCUGGCCACAGGAGGACCCUGGCUGAGGGCUGGAGGCUGGUCCCACAGCCUCCCCUGGCCCAGGAGUACCCAGACUAGGUGGGCCCCUAAACCCCAGCCUGAAGGAUCAGGGAGCUCCCUCUUGGUCCCACCUCUCCUCUCCAGGCCAGGCUCUCUCCUCCAGCCCUCACGCCAUGCACUGGGCCAAGGCCACACCAGCCUGGCCUUCUGCGUGAUACGAGGUGGAACACACAGACCACAACUGCAUCUGACCCUGAGAUCAAAAGGGGUUCAGGUCAGGAGGUGGAAGAGAGGAGGGGCAGAGGAGCCUGUGAGGAGACGGAAAGCAAUGUAGUCUGAUGACCCAGCAGGCCCCGGUGUCCCUGUGUCUGGGUCGUGGGCCAGAUGGCAGGACAGGGUCACAGGCAUAGGAUAAUGUGUGCUUCAGGGCGUGCCCAAGGGAGCACUUCCUCCUCUUGGUUUGGUGGGGAGGUGGCCAGCCAAGGCUUCCCAGGGAGGGGUGCUACAGCCCUUCGGAGAAAGGGUAGGAUCUAGACUGAGGGCCUUGGCCUGGGACAUCAACAGGGAAGCAGUGGCCCUAGCCCUCUUCUGCUGCUCCCAGCCCCCUCCUCCCGGGGCCCUCAGGGAUCUCACAAAGUCUUCCUUGGCCCUACGGGGCAGAUGCCCUGGGCUCCGGUGGGGGGAGGGGUCUGGGGUCUUGUCCGGGUUCCUUUCUCUAUCCCCCCCUCCCUCUUUCUCCGCGGUGCGGAUAAAAAUUGGACUCCAAUAAAAUACUCGGUGCCCGGAUGGCAGGUGGUGAGA